AUGCCGACCCGAGGAGCGGGCGCGCGUAAGGUUCGGCCCGAGGGCCAGAACAUGCGCACCGUCGUCCAGCUCCUCACCGCGGGCAACAAGAACCUGCGCCGCGACGUCUCCGUCGCAUCGCGUCACGUGUCCCUCAUCCGCCCCGGAUACACCGAGGCGCAGACGGACGACACGUACGAGGUCGACGACUGCUUCGGCAGCGACCUGGGAAACACGGAGGCGUACAAGCGCGUGCUGCAUCCCGCGGUGAAGCAGGUCAUCGACGGGUUCAACAGCUCGUGCAUCACCAUAGGAUGCUCGGGCAGCGGCAAGACCACGCUGCUGCACGGCCGAACCUCCGGCGACGGCAUCGUCAGGCUCGCCAUCAAAGCCUUGUUCGAGGGCCUCCACAACAAGGCUGCGCAGGUCGGACUCCUAUUGUCCCAGCACAAGGCCCAGGGCGGCGGCGGUCAGUCCAUGGAGUUCGCGGUGGACGCCUCCUUCUGCGAGGUGUACGAGGAGAAGGUGAGGGAUCUCUUCGCGGCGGCGAGGGACGCGGAAGCCGCGGGGGGUAAGGAUUCGGUCAAGACGGAAUACCUCGAGGUUGAGGAGACCGCGGACGACGGGUGGCACGUCGCGGGGCUCUCGCAUAGGUCCGCACCGGACGCGGCGUCGCUGCAGACCGCCUACGCGGGCGCGCUCAACCACAGGGUCACCGGUCUCUCGGAAUACGGCCACAGCAAGCACGACCGCGCCGCGUCGGUGCUGACGCUCAAGGUGAGCCAAUACAUCCCCGGCUUGCCCAACGCCACCGGGGAGAUCGCCCCCGCGCAGCACAUCGUCUCCACCAUCGUCAUCGCGGACAACCCCGGCGCGGAACCCCUCGCGAUGGACCCCGCGGUGCUCCGGCUGCGCGAGGGGGCGCGUCUGAACAAGGCCAUCACCGCGCUCGCCGGGGUGGUCCGGGCGUUGGCCACGCAGCGACGGGAAUUCGCCGGCCACGGGGACUCGGUGCUCACGAAGAUCCUCUCCGAACCCCUCGGAGGGAACUGCGCGACGACGAUACUCGGCACGCUGAAGCUCGGGGAGUGGGAGCGGAGCAGCGCGGUGAUGGAUUUGGUGGGCCACGCCAGGCGCGCGCCGUGUUUUCCCGUGGUUCAGGACGACGCGGCUCGCGGGCUCCAGCAGAGGCUCCGUUCGCGUCUGCUGCAGAUCAACGACGCGAGGGAGACGUACAGGGACCAGAUUCAGAGCACGGGAGCGGACGGGAUCGACCCGAACAACAUCGGGCUUCAGAUGGCCAAGCUGCACGAGCUCGAAGGUCAGCUGCUCAACGAGCGCGGCGACAAGGCGGAGCUCCUCGCGGAGAAGGAGGCGUUGAUCGAGCGCCUCCAACGGCUCAACGGCAUGGACAAGGCGAACCUCGCGGAGAAGGAGGAGCUCCAAAAGGCGCUCAUCGCGUCCGAGGAGGAUCGCCUCGAGAUUGCCCGCGCGUUGGUCGAGGCGCAGCUCGAGGCUAACGAGGCGGCGCUGCAGGCGGAGAAGACGCGACACGAGCUCGUCGAGCGCGUGCACGAGCUCGAAGCCAGGGCCAUCGCCAGCGAGGUUCGCGUCAAGGGCGCGGAGCAGAGCUACGGCGAGCUCCAGAACAAGGCGGGGUCGCUGAACGUGGAGAACCAGCGCAUCAAGGAGGAGUUGGACCAGACGAGGCAGGAACUUGAGAAGGAGCUAAAGGAGAUUCGCACCGAACACGCCGAGGUGAGCGGCGAGGUGAGCUCGCUCAAGGCUGCCAACGAGGAUCUCUCCGCGGAGCUCGAGGACUUCCGCCGCAAGAUUAACGUCGAGCGAAGGCGCGCCGAGGAUGCGGAGUCCGAGCGCGACGAGUUUCGCGCCAACCAGGAGAUGUACCAGUCCAACAUGCAGAAGAAGGUUGAAGCCGCCGAGCGGAUGGCGGAGGAGGCGGUCAAGGUUGCCGAGGAGACCAAAAACAGGCUCGUUCAGGCGGCCAAGGCUGAGCGCGACGAGGCCGUCGCCGCCGCCAGGGCUUCCAAGGACAAGGCCGUCCAAGCCGCCCAGGAGGAACGCGACGAGGAGGUGGCCAAGGCUCGAUCCGCGCGCGACCGAGCCAUCGACGAGAUGCGAAUGGAAAAAGAGAAAGCCGUCUUUGAGGCCCGGAAGGAGAAGGAUGAGGCUGUCGCCCUCGCGAACGCCGAGAAGGCGGAGAGGACCGCGUACCUCGAGAACGACAGGGACACCCGCGUCGCCAAAGCUGAGAAGGAUAAGGACGAGGCCAUCGCCAAGGCUCUUCGAGAGCGCGACGAAGCCGUGACCGAGGCUAAGCGCCGUUCCUCUGAGGCCAUCGCCGCCGCGCAGGAGGACAAGGACGCCGCCAUCGCCGAGGCGCACAGGCUCCGCGAUCUCGCGCAGGAGAGGCUCAAGUUCGAGACGGAGCGCCUUGGCAGCAUCGCGAACGAGGCGAACGGGUCCAUCCAGGGCGUCACGCGCGCCAUGGAGGAGGCGAGGAGCGCGGAGCGAAUGGCUCGUCGCGAGGCGGACCGAGCCGUCGGCGAGAUGACGCAGCUGCGGGAAAAGUUGGAAAACGUCCGAGCCGAGUUUUCGCAGCGGCUCAAGGAGUACAUGCUGCAGGUGGGAGACCUGGAGAGGGGCGCGCAGGUGCUCGCGACGGACCCCAACGCCGAUCACGUCCUCAGGCCGUCGCAGCUGUACGAGGCGGCGCAGACGCUCGCGCUGGACCUUCACAGGGCCUCCGCGGAUCAGGUCACCGAGUACCGCCGCGUCACCGAGGAUUUGCAGCAGAGGCUCACCCGGGCGCAGCGCGACGUGCGCGCGCUCCACGCGGGCUACCGCACCCUCCGCCACCGUUUCGAGGACGUCGCGCCGGAGACUGUGGACGAGAAGGGCAAAGCCGCGGUGCCCCACGAGGACGACUUGGUGGGGACUCCCCCGACCCCGGCGGAGGCGAGGGAGAUGGACGCGAGGGGACUGGCGCAGAAGCUCGCGGACCUGCGGGACGAGAACGCCGCGCUCCAGAAGGAACUCCGCAUGGCCGCGCUGGACGGGCGCGGGCCUCUCGCGCCGCACAACGUGCGCGCCGCGAAGGAGGCGGCUGCGAGGGGCGGCGGGUCCCGGCCGGGCACCGGCGAGGAUGGGGAGAUCGCCUACUACAACGACGGCAACAAGCAGGACCGCGACGGCGGCUUUGGACAGGUUGGCAAGGGCGAGAUCGUGGUAAAAAAGAACGCGCCGGACGAUUCGUUCGGCGGGGCGAUGGCCGGCGCGGGCGAGAACGCGCGGCUGCGCGCCGAGAAUGCGCGCCUGCAGAAGACCAUCGACGAGCUCAAGCACCGACGCCCGAGCACCACCGAGGAGGAUAUGCGAGCCGAGGUUUCCAAGCUCAGGAUCCAGCUUCACGCGCUGUCCAACCAGGACAACACCCGCGCGAAGCUCACGCAGGAGAUCUCCGUGCUCAAGAUUCAGCUCCAGGAGCGCACGCAGGAGCUCAAGGAGCACAAGAACCACUCGCAGCGAGAGGCUUUCAAGCAGCAAAAGGCGGCGAUCAAGGAGUUCACGGACCGGGUCCAGUCGGAGCUGGAGAAGGAGAACCGCGCGCUUCAGACCCGGGCCGCCAUGGCCGAGGAACAGAUCAAGGAGAUCAACGCGUACAUGGCGCAGUCCACGCUGGCGUACCAGAAGGAGAUCAUGCGCCUGAGGACCAUCAUCCAGGCCACCGCUCCGGAGCGACUUCGGUCGCCGGUCAACCCGGGUCUCAUGGGAUCGAAGACGCAGGACCGGUCGGGCGCGGGUGGCGCGCAGCCGCACCAGCGGGAAGGAAGGGGAGACAAGGGCGGAGGAGUGAGGGCGUCGGGCGGGUGGGAUCGGUCGACGAAACCCUCCGAGCCGCUGAGACCGAGGAGCAACAACGGCGCCUAG